CCUAAUUAACAAAAACCCUCAAACCGUCCUGAUCCUCUUCUUCUAUACUAAUUCUUCACAUUAGCCCUUCUUAAUUACUAGCUUUGCUUUAACAAUGCCUGAUAUAAUUGAAGAAGAAACACAGAUUUCCAAUACAGAAAAAGGGUUAGUGGUGAAAUCUAGUAAACCUAAUAAUCCAAAUGACAAUACUGCCUCUCGCUCAUCUACUUGUUUUGUCACCAUCAUACAAAAGUUAGUUGCUGAGGUUAUUGGAACCUAUUUUGUAAUAUUUGCUGGUUGUGGAGCUGUUGCUGUGAACAAAAUCUAUGGAUCAGUCACAUUUCCAGGCAUAUGUGUGUCUUGGGGUCUAAUUGUAAUGGUUAUGAUUUAUACCGUUGGUCAUGUCUCCGGUGCACAUUUUAAUCCGGCCGUCACUAUUGCUUCUGCCAUUUUUCGCCGGUUUCCUUUUCGGGAGGUACCAUUAUACAUUGUUGCACAAGUAAUUGGAUCAAUUCUUGCUAGUGGCACAUUAGCCUUACUGUUUGAUAUAACUCCUAUGGCAUAUUUUGGAACCCUACCAGUUGGAUCAAAUGUGCAGUCAUUAGUAAUAGAAAUCAUCAUCACCUUCCUCCUCAUGUUCGUCGUUUCCGGCGUUAACACUGAUGAUAGAGCGGUUGGAGACCUAGGAGGGAUUGCUGUUGGUAUGACAAUACUGUUGAAUGUCUUUGUGGCAGGACCAGUUUCAGGAGCUUCAAUGAACCCAGCAAGGAGCCUGGGGCCAGCAAUAGUUAAGCAUACAUAUAAAGGAUUAUGGGUAUAUAUAGCAGGGCCAAUUGUUGGAGCCAUUGCAGGAGCAUUUGCAUAUAACUUGUUAAGAUCCACUGAUAAGCCACUUGAUGAUGAGUAAAAGAAGAAGAGGUUAUUGAAAAAUAGCAUGUCAAAUAAUUAAAUUCUUUGUUGAUAAAAUUGUAUUAUUAUUUAUUAUUGCUAUAUUUUAGCAGAGUUUUUUUGUUUUUAUUUUUAUUUUAUUUAUUUAUUUAUUUGUCUCUCUUGCUUUAUGUAUAUAUGGAAGAAUUGCUGAAUUA